AUGUUUAAGGGGGACCCACCAAAAGAAAUAGGAAAAGAAGAGGAGAGUAGUAAGAUGCCUGUAUUGAAAUGGGGAGUUGGGAGGUUUAUGUAUGCAGGUAUGGUUGUAUAUAUUGAUGGAAGGUUAUGUCGGUGUAUACUUAAUCCUGUUGCAAGUGGAAUGCAGAUUACAGAAGCACUGAAGCUGCAGAUGGAGGUGCAAAAGCGACUGCAUGAGCAAUUAGAGGUACAAAGACAGCUUCAAUUACGAAUAGAAGCCCAAGGGAAGUACCUAAAGAAGAUCAUUAAAGAGCAACAGAAGCUGAGUGAAGUCCUAUCAGACGACAACUCUCAGGAAUCCAAAAACCAAACCGACCCUAUCACUCCACCUCCUCCAUCCAUCAUCAAAAACUCUGCCCCAGCCCCAGCCCCUGCCACCGAUGAACAUGAGCCCUUAAAACCAGACUCUGACCGUGGUUCACCUAUUAUGAAGAAGCAACGAGUGAGCCUCAGCCAAGGGGUCGGCUUAACUCACCAAGUACUCGACUCCAGCUUAAAGCAACAUCCGUUUGUGUAUGGAAUGUCGGUUAACAAUCAAGAUUAA